CACGAGGUCACAAUGAGUCAACUUAGAGUUCAACGUCGAACUUCAAAUCCAGUACUUAUCGCCUAGCGUCACCACGUCGGAAGGAUGACAUCUCCAACUCGAACGGACAAACCGCAAUUUCAUCCCUAUUUCUCUUCAUUCAUUCCCGAAUACUUACAGCCUCAGAGAUCGGCCAGGAUCGAGGAACUUCUUCUUUCUAAUAAACCGCUGUUGGAGUUUGAAAGGAAAGAAUUCCUCCAAACUGCUGCCAGAGGCCCUCACACUCUUGACGAAUUUGACGAGAAAAUAUCGGCGACGCGCCAGUUGUUGGAUUUUUUGGUGGCUGAAAGGAACCAAGCUGCGUCCAACAUCUCCGAUGCCAAGUCUCUUUUAUACCCUGUGCGUAACGUGCCGGAUGAUGUGCUGCGUGCUAUCUUUCGGGCUUGUACCAAGUCCGCAGACCAGGCGUUCGAUGGGGGAUAUGCCAGCCUAAAUCCUACCAUAGCUGUUGAAUCGAUUCAACCAAAUCAGUCGCCAUGGACCCUUUCCUUUGUCUGUCAACAAUGGAGAACCGUCGCCAUUCACACUGCUGAGCUGUGUGUGGUCUUUCAUUGAGCUUGAUCUAGAUAAAAGACCUAAAGGCAAAGAGCAGGUCAAGAAUCGCGUGUUUAGACUUGGUUUAUCAUUAUCCCGAUCCAAUGGUCAUGACCUUUCCAUUCGUCUCCAUGGAAAGAAUAUCGUUCCGAACGUCUCUCUGAUCCUUCAAAUUCUGCUCCCCACUGCUCCGUAUUGGAAGCGACUAUCCGUGUUCCUUCCCCUCACCUCAUUCCUACAGUU